AUGAGUUCAUCCUAUUUACGAGUAAUAUUACUCUUAGGUGCCAUCAAUGUCGUCGUUUCUUUAUCAAUAACCAGAAGUAGAACAAUAACCAGAUCUUCAUCAUCAUCAACAACAAUGACCAGAUCUUCAUCACUUGGUCAGGUGUUCCAGAUCUGUAAGGGAUUGUGUCAUGGAUGUGACCACGACUCCUUGCAGUUUUUGUUCCGACACAACCUGGUCCGUGCCGCAAGAUUCGAACCUCCUUUGAUGUGGGACACAAGGCUCCAGCACUACGCUCAAGGGUGGGCUAAUCAAAGAAGGGGAGAUUGUGCUUUGAGACACUCUUUCUCAAACGGACAGUUUAAUCUCGGCGAGAACAUCUACUGGGGAUUCGGCGCCAACUGGUCUCCCGCCGACGCAGUGGUUGCUUGGGCCAGCGAGAAGAGGUUUUACCAUUACGGCUCCAACACGUGCGACCCUGGUCAGAUGUGUGGCCAUUACACACAGAUCGUGUGGAAGAGCACGAGGAGGGUCGGGUGCGCACGUGUGGUUUGCAACAACGGUGGAAUCUUCAUGACUUGUAACUAUGAUCCUCCCGGUAACUACAUCGGCCAGAAACCCUACUAAUUAAUCAUCAUUCAUCUAUUGAUCCAGUUCUCUUAAGUCAUCUUAUUUUAGAUUGUAUCAUGACUUCUUGAGGAAUUUAGGUGGGUGUAUAUUGUGUAUUUUACUAGAUUAAUAGAAGUCUUUGUGGGUUUGUGAUAUUAAUUAUCAUAAACGGUUAUCCAUAUACC